GCUCCCUCCCCCACGACAUGCUGCUGUUGGUCCGGUUUGUUGGACCUCGAAUCACAUUGCAUUCCAUUUGCAGACACCAGAAGCUGGAGGUUCUUAGCUUUUUCAUUGGGGCAUAAGCCCACUGAUUUUAGCCUCAUUCGAUCAGAUCACAUCUUACACUUUCUCUCUCAUCGGUAACGUCAAUUCUAACCUAAACAGCAGCAUGUCUAAUAAAAACGACAAACCAGAAGGAAAGGAGCCUGAAAGCAGCUGGAAAGACGUGAUUUACAAUCCAAGAACAGGGGAAUUCUUCGGUCGGACUGGUAGAAAUUGGGGUCUCGUCCUCCUUUUUUACCUGCUCUUCUAUGGAUUCUUGACUGCAAUGUUUGCCUUCACUAUGUGGGUGAUGCUUCAGACACUUAAUGACGAGGCGCCAAAGUAUCGAGAUCGAGUUGCAUCCCCUGGGUUGGCUAUCAGGCCAAACUUGCUGAAUAUAGUUUUCAACAGAUCAAACCCUCUUGAAUAUGGCCAAUAUGUCCAGCAUCUAGAAUCGUUUCUGCAUCAAUAUAAUGACUCUGAGCAAGCCAAAAAUGACUUGUGUAUGGCGGGUCAGUACUCCGAUCAGGAUGAGGAACCUCAGAAGAAGGUGUGUCAGUUCAGGAGGAGUAUCCUCCACCAUUGCUCUGGUAUGGAGGACGCCACCUUUGGUUACGCUGAAGGAAAGCCAUGUGUUAUUGUCAAGAUGAACAGGAUCAUUGGUCUUAAGCCAGCUGGAGAUCCAUACAUCAACUGCACAUCAAAGACUGAAACUCUUCUCCAGAUGCAGUACUUUCCCCAUGAAGGAACUAUUGAUCGGAUGUACUUUCCUUACUAUGGUAAAAAAUCACAUGAGGGUUACGUUCAGCCUCUGGUGGCUAUAAAGCUGUUGCUUAAGAAGGAAGACUUCAACUCCGAGCAGAUUGUAGAGUGCAGGGUUGAGGGAUCUAAUCUUAAGAACAAUGACGAUCGCGACAAGUUUCUAGGCCGUGUCACCUUUCGGGUACUGGUGACCGAGUAGAUCGGGGGCUGGUGCAGACGCUAAAUGGGACCUUGCACUACUUUUCUCCCUAUUGACCUUGUUCUUCUAUUUACCCCCCGCUGGUCCCCAGCAGGACCACAGGACCUAAUUUACCUCUCCACAGAAUGACAGGCAUGACUGAUUGAUUUCCAUUAAUGUCCCCUUCAGCAUGUCUUAGCAGGAUUAGUGAACAUAGCUGAAACAAAAAUUGUAUUUCACCCUGGGCUUUGCAUUCCUUAGAUGUUUUAAAUUCUUGAACAUAAAUGCAUUUUAGCUUAAAAGGAGUUUUUGUUUACAAUGUGAUUGAUAAGAUAGGGGUUAGUCACUACCUUAAGUCACUCAUUGCUUGUUGUGUUUGUUUGUUUCGUGUUGCUCUCUGUGAAUAUAUUUAAUGAUCGUCUAACUGCUGUAUGAUUUAUGUUGAAAAGUGGCAUCUGAUAUGUUUUUAAAGUACACAUUUGUAACCUAAAUAAGUUUCCUAACCUCUGCAUGGACUGGUUCAUGCAGACGCCUUAAGAGCCAUGUAACAUCUUGGUAUAAAUGCUAUUUUGAUAAAUAAAAGGAAA